UCUCACUAAAACAAAGAACUAAUAAACUGAACAAACAAAACAAAAAAACUUCUAUUUUUCACGCGUUGAAGAUUCUUGCUUUGUUUCUUCUCUUUACACGACCACUGAUAUGUGUCGGUGACUGCAAGAAUCUGUUCUUUUUUCCCUCUGAUUUAUCGAUAUGUUUCAGUCUUAAUGUUUAAAGAACAAAAGUGUUGAAGCUUUUGAAAUUUAAGCUGGUUCAUCAAAUACUCAGAUCUUAUCUGAUAAAUUUAGUUGAAACCUGACAAAUGGGUUUCUUGAAAUUCAUCUUCUUGUUAUCUCUCCUAUGGAGUUUCUACAGUUUAGGCUUAUCUCAGCUACAAGCUUCACAAGCACAAGUUCUGCUUCAGCUGAAAAAACACUUGGAAUACCCACAACAGCUAGAAUCUUGGUAUGAUCACAAGACCAGUUUCUGCUAUUUACAAGCAACACCAUCGAUGAACAUCACUUGUUUCUCUAAUUCAGUCUCAGAGCUCAACAUCUUCGGUGAUAAAUCAUCAGAAAAAGCUAAAAGCUUUCAGGGUUUUCCUAUCUCGAAUGUCACUUUAUCUGAUAGGUUCUCAAUUGAAUCAUUUGUCACUACACUGUCAAGGCUAAAAUCUCUUAAGGUUCUCACUCUGGCUUCUCUAGGGAUUUGGGGUCAUCUCCCUGAUAAACUUCAUCGUUUAUCUUCACUUGAGUAUUUGGAUUUGAGCAAUAACUUUCUGUUUGGAUCAGUACCACCCAAGCUGUCUACAAUGGUAAAGCUUGAAACUUUCAGGUUUGAUCAUAACUUCUUCAAUGGCACAUUACCUAGCUGGUUUGUUUCGUAUUGGUAUCUCAAAGUUCUUAGCUUUAAGAGUAAUAAGCUAUCAGGAGAGCUGCAUCCUUCAUUACUCUCGUUGUCCACAAUCGAGUAUAUCGAUCUGAGGGAGAACUCUCUGAGUGGUUCACUUCCGGGUGAUCUGAAAUGUGGGAGCAAACUCUGGUUUAUCGACAUUUCCGACAACAAGUUAACGGGAAAACUUCCUCGUUGCUUAAGCAGCAAGAAAGAUUUGACGCUGAGAUUCAAUGGCAACUGUUUAUCUCUACAGAAGCAGCAGCACCCACAGACUUUUUGUGUUAAAGAAGUUCGCGCAGAGGAAGAAGCUGAAGCUGUGGCAGAGGCUGAAAAUGGAUCAGGACAAAGAAAAUGGAAGACAGGAGCUAUAGUGGGUUUGAUAGUUGGUAUAUCCAUGGCGAUAUUGGUUCUAAUCUGCUGUGUAUUCAUCUUGCUUAGAAGAAAAGGAGGAAGAAAGAACCAUUUGAACCAUAAGACAGUCCAUGAUAAUCAUCCAUCUAUUGGAUUUUCCUCUGAGAUACUCUCAAACGCAAGGUACGUUUCUGAAACAUCCAAGGUUGGUUCAGAGGAUUUACCGGUAUGUAGGCAGUUUAGCUUAGAAGAGCUGGUCAAAGCUACAAGGAACUUUGAUAAGACUAUGAUACUUGGUGAAAGCUCAUUAUAUGGCACGCUUUACAAAGGAAAUCUUGAGAAUGGAACAAAAGUGGCUAUAAGAUGCUUACCUUCAUCGAAGAAAUACUCGAUAAGAAAUCUAAAACUGCGGUUGGAUUUGCUUGCAAAGCUUAGACAUCCGAAUCUUGUUUGCUUGUUGGGUCAUUGCAUAGAUUGUGGAGGGAAAGAUGAUUACAGUGUCGAAAAAGUCUUCUUGAUUUAUGAAUACAUUCCAAAUGGAAACUUUCAAUCUUGUCUCUCAGAUGAUAGUUCUGGUAAGGCUAUGAAUUGGUCAGAGAGGCUAAAUGUUCUCACAGGUGUUGCAAAGGCUGUACAUUUUCUUCACACUGGAGUUAUUCCUGGAUUCUUCAGCAAUAGACUCAAGACUAACAAUGUCUUGCUUAACCAACACCGAUUUGCGAAGCUGAGUGAUUAUGGUUUGUCCAUUGUCUCUGAAGCAACCAGACAUAACACAGAAAUCGCAAAAUCAUGGCAAAUGUCAAGGCUAGAAGAUGAUGUUUACAGCUUUGGAUUGAUUCUUCUACAAUCAAUCGUUGGACCAUCUGUCUCUGCAAGAGAAGAAGCAUUUCUACGGGAUGAACUGGCAUCGUUGGAGAGCGAGGAAGGGAGGAGAAGAAUGGUGAAUCCGACAGUGCAAGCCACUUGUCGAAACGGAUCUUUAGUAAGAGUGAUAACUCUGAUGAACAAAUGUGUUUCGCCAGAAUCUUUAAGCCGACCGUCCUUCGAAGAUAUUUUGUGGAAUUUGCAAUAUGCUUCUCAGUUGCAAGCUGCUGCAGAUGGUGACCAAUGUUAAUAUUAUUGUUCAUACCUUUCUUCACUUUUUAGAAAAAAAUCAAAUUGAAAAGAACUUUUGUAUGCUUUAACGAUUCGGGUAUUGUGUUGUGUGUCUGAAAAAGGUCCCCUAUUAUUUAUGUAACCAUUGAAAAAGGAAAUAAAUAACAUUAACUCUUAAUUGAA